CACCCAAAAUCGGUUCGUUCACCGAAUCGGCCGCAGCAACUGAGAAGAUUUUUCUUUCCAUGUGUCCACGUGAUGUCACACAAACUGAAUUGGGUUGGUCUUCCGGUCCAGUGAUCAUAUGGAUUACAAUUCACGAAGUGUCUGCGCCCACAAACAGCGUAAAGGCAAAUAAAAACACCGAGCUGCCUCUCAAAGUUGCGGGAAUUGCGUUUUCGAAUUAAAGGGAAGCCAUCGGAUAUGUGGAGGUUUAUAUCUCAUAAUGAUGCACUGUAACGUAAAGAGAAAAUAAGUCAUGGAGGGGAUACUCUAUAAGUGGACUAAUUAUAUAAGCGGGUGGCAGCCCCGUUGGUUUGUACUGGACGGAGGAACACUGUCAUAUUACGACUCCCAAGAAGAUGCAUGGAAAGGAUGCAAAGGAAGCAUCAAAAUUUCAGUCUGUGAAAUUCAAGUGCAUGCCUCUGACUUCACACGCAUGGACCUGACCAUUCCCGGAGAACAGUAUUUCUACCUCAGAGCCAUCAAUGCAGCAGAGAGGCAAAAAUGGUUGGUUGCUUUGGGAACAGCAAAGGCCUGCCUCACAGACAACAGGACUAAGAGGGAGAAAGAGCUCCAGGAGAGCACAGAGGCCCUGAAAACCAAGAUGUCUGAACUGAGGCUGUACUGUGAUCUCCUCCUGCAACAAGUGAACAAGAUCAAGGAAGACUCUCAGAGUGAGGAACCAGGAGCUGUUGUGCAGGUUGGUGAGGGUGUGGGACCACUGGUGAAAUCCACCUGUACAACCUUCCUGAAGACCCUGGAGGAGUGCAUGCAGAUCGCCAAUCGAGCUUUUAACCCUGACCUGUUGGCCCAGAGCCCGCCCACGUCACCCCCUGUCGCCGCCAUCAAACCGCACAAGGUCAGGCCAGUCCACCAAUCAAGUCAAAGUCUUGUGGAGAAGAGGAAAGAAAUGAACAUCUCAGGAAGUGUCACAGAUUUGGCUCAGGAGAGACCUGAAUCUGGACCUGUGACACCCGAGCAGCCCAGGCCACCUCCACUAGACACACCACCCCAGACUGAAGAGGGUGGCCCAGUUGGGGCGGGGCAAAAGGACCCUGAAGACAUUGUGGACACACAUUCCCAAGAUGGCCAGGCCUCGUCUGGAAAGGAGCUGGUUGAAGGAGGGGUGGAGGAGGACACAACAGCAAACUUGCUUGAGCAGGAAAAUCAGCAUGAUCAAGUCCAACUGGAAGUAAGCCCCAGCCUGCCCCAUGACCAGCCAGACGCUGCCCCUGAUCAAAAUGAGGGAGAGCAGGAAAUCAGUCCUGCUACACCGAAGGUAAAACAGGAAGAGCAGGAGCAGGUGGACACCUUCUUCAGCACUAUGAGUCACAGAUUUAGUGAUAUAAGACUGGAGGACGACAGUGGUAUCCCCACACAGCCCUUUUUGGAUUCUUGCUAUGCUUUAGUGCCAGUAUUAGACAAGCUGGGCCCCACUGUAUUUGCUCCGGUUAAAAUAGAUUUUGUGGGCAAUAUUAAGAAAAUCAAUCAGAAGCUGGUGUCGGAUCCAGACUGCUUCCCUACGCUGCAGACGAUGGUCCUGCACGAGGUGGAGGCGGGCGUGGCCCAGGUGCGCAACUCCGCCACCGAGGCCCUACUGUGGCUCAAACGAGGCCUCAAGUUCCUCAAGGAGUUCCUGUCCGAAUUGAACGCAGGGGAACGGGACAUCCAUGCUGCCCUCAACAAUGCUUAUGGGAAGACCUUGCGGCAGUACCAUGGAUGGGUUGUACGAGGUGUCUUUGCUCUGGCAUUAAGAGCCGCCCCAUCCUAUGGCGGCUUCAUGGCAGCGCUGGUCACCAAGGAGGGGGAUGAGCUGAAGGAGGGAUUUGACUCUGGCAUGCGCAGGGACCUUGGGCUCUACCUGCCUGCAAUGGAGAAGCAGCUGGCUAUGCUGGAUGCUCUGUAUGAUGAGUACGGUCUUGAGUCUGAUGAGGUGGUGUGAGCAGGAGCAUGCUCAGUGAGGCCAUGAUGUGGUGGGGAGUGUGGCAGUGGAGUAUGCUCAAAAGGGAUGUUAACCGGAACAUGCUCAGUGUGAGGUGCGAAGGCAAGAGGAUUGGUCAGUUUUGAGGGAGCUCUGUGGAUUAAGCAUGCUCAGAGGAGAUGUGAGGACGGAGCAUGCUCAGUCAAGACUUUUCAGUGUGGAGCAUGUGGAGUGAAGGGGAUUUGGAGCCGUGAGGACUGAGCAUGCCCAGUGAAGGUGGCACAUGGUCAGUGAGAGCAGUUCAGUAUGAGCAUGCUCAGUGGAGGGGUUUUUGGAACUGCUCAGUGAAGUACCAAGAGGACAGAGCAUGCUCAGUUUGGGAGUGUGGAGGUGGAAUAUGCUCAGCUGGGAUGAAAUGCGGUUCUUAAGACAUAAUAGUUCUUAAGUUCAGUGUGUGCUCACUUGUGAGACUCCUAUGCCUGAACGCUAGACACCAGUUUCAUCUUACAUCUUUCAUCUUGUUCAAUGAUGAUGUCCUACAGAUAUUUAAACUAUGCUACUCUGUUACAUCUUGGCGGUGUAAAGGUUUCUCCUGUAACUUUUAUAGGUAAGGGCUACAGUUUUAUUGUUAAGACUAAAGUCAUAUGUACUAUUUUGGCAACUUUUUGUAUUUUAGUUAGUUCAGUUUAAUAUAUUUCCAAGAAGCAUAACAAAAAUUUUGUCUUUUAAUACGAAGUCUUCAAAAGGAAAUACAUAAAGGGAUAAAUGUGUUCUACAUUACAGGCAAGCAGGCAGCUCGCUCACAUCACAUUUGCAGUAUAGUUGUUGAAUAGUCUGCAAUUGAGAGAUGUGCCACAUUGCAUCUAGAACAGACAGAUCUUCAGCAUCUGUGCUUAAUGAAGCUGUCUGAGCAUAUGUAAGAUGUGAAGGUGCUGAUCAGACGGUGGAAAGCACAACUCGAGGCUUGUCACAUUGUGCGAUUUUAUUGCUAUAUGCUAUAUGUGUCUUGGGUGCUGGAGACAGCAGUCUUGUUUAACAGCGUAAUGUCGCCAACUGCAAGUACCCCCAGUAAAUAUUUGCUGUGCUUCCGUGCAAAUUGUUGCAGUAUUGAGCGAGAGAAACAAUUCUUUUGUCAAUGUUUUGUGCGUUUGCGUCGACGGGCCUCACAGGGUUAAUGUGGCUGCAUUGGGCGUACAGGUGGCCUCUGUGCAGGUGUCCGCACUGAUGUCAGCUUGAGCUGGCAGUGCCAAAUGGAACAAGAAGAGCGAUGAACAGAACGUGCAGUAACAGUCCUGCUGCUCGUUAGCUGCAAGGCUUGUGUAGCCAACUAUAUACAACUUCAGAAACUACUGGUCAUCCACAUGCACAAAUGAUACAGACUAUGUAGAAAUGUCAUAUUUUAGGCACUUUAUUUAUUCUUUUUUUUAAUGAGAGAUGAAAAGAAUUCUGAAAUGCGCAGGUAGGAGUGUCAGACCCAGCUCAUGGAGAGGCCAUGGGAAUGCUGUUUUUGUUCAUGCGUUGUUUAAUUCUUUGUUAACUGAGGAAUUUACUCAAUUUGCGGGUUUUUUAUAGCAUGGAUGCGUUACAGUUGAAGGUUGUACAUGUGCCCUAUACUGAAAUAUUUCACCAUAGUGCAUUUUAGGUAAUACACCACUGUAAGUGAAUACAGUUAGUUCGUUGAACUUAUUGACCCAGAAUAAUUCUUUGGAACAAACACAAGCUUGCCCAGCAGCCUGCCAGGGACUGGCACUGAGGUACUACAGUCAUGUCCAGGUAAUUAACCAGUGCAUUGUAUAGUGAAUUUUUUAAAAUGUUUAUUUUAUUUUGAAGGAAACAGAAUUUGCCAAUGUAGUUAACUUAUUUAUACCUAUUUUGUAUUAUACACAGUAUUUGUCAUAAAUAUGUGCAUUGAAAUAAUUGAAUAUGGAUUUGUGGCCUCAAGGGAUUUUGUUUUGCUUUAUUUGUUGCCAUUAGACCGUUCUUGCUUUGUGAAUGUUUUUAUAAUUAUGUCUUCAUGUGUUUUUUUUUAUUUACAGCAUGACUGUAUUGUUUAGUAUGAGUGAAACUUUUAACUAAGGCUUGAAGUACCAUUUUCUCUGCAAAGUGUGGUGGGGAAUAUUCCACCUAAAAAUCUGAGUUUUAUAAUUUUCUACAUUAAGUUUUCUAGAUCCAUCCGGAUAUAUUUUUUAAAUGGAUCCCCAGUCUCAACAUGAUGCAUGAGAUCAGAACAGCAUGUAGUUCAGAAUCACACAUUUGAAUUCCCUUGCACCUAGUCAUCUACUUGUCUUGCUUGACCAUAUAAUGAUUUUCAAAAUUGUACUUGAAUCAACUGGAGAUUUUGGCUUAGUUUGAAGGUAAUAAUUGUCAAAAUAAUUCACUUAACAAUUUAAAGUUUAGCUACCCGUACCUCUUUCGAUUUUUUGGCUAAAAGUAUCACACCACACUCCACUCUGUCUCCAAAGGGGCUUGAGUGGAGCUUUAGUACCUCUCUAAGGUCUGUGGGAAGGUAUGUGAAUUGCUUUGGAAUUGUAUAACAUGCCUAUUCCAAAAUUGUUUGUGUCAGGGAAAUAUCUGUAAAAUUAAUCAUAAACCUACACAGUAAUUAUCGUUCCAUGUUAAAUUAUUAUGGGAUUGCAUGGCAAAAACAAAGUGAAUUGAAGUCACUUUGUGCAAGGCAAUUUUUAUGUUGUUUAAGCAUGAACGUUUUUAUUUACCAUUGACUCUCAUACAUUUGGACAAAAGUCAUAACAUAACAUAAAAACUUGAGUAUUUUUGCAAAAAUAAAAAAAAUGGAUGGUCAAUUUAAAUAGAAAAUCGUGAAAUUGUAAUUUUCUGGUUGGAAUACCCAUUUAAAUUCAUUACUCAAAUUGAAGGGGAAAGCACAGUUUCCUGAAGAGAAUGUCUGUGAGUCUGACCAAGGACCAAGCAAUGCAACCAAAAUAAAACAACAAUCUGAAUGUCA